AUGGCACCAUACCUCGACCAGCUCGACCCCGAUGGGGAUGUCAUCCUCGUCGUAGAGGAAAGCAAGUUCCUCGUCUCCUCAAAGGUACUUGGACUUGCCUCUCCUGUCUUUGCGGCGCUCUUCUCACGCAAAUUUUCCGAAGGCACGCAACUUGUCGAAAACAGUCGCCCCGAAAUCACGCUCAAAGAUGACAACCCUGAUGCUAUGCGGAUAAUUCUCCGCGUCCUUCACUUCAAAGAUCCUAAAGCUAGCUAUUGCAAGGAUGCCAAAGAGCUUGCCGUUCUCGCUAUCCACUGCGACAAGUACUACUGCACCAAGGCUCUCAUGCCAUGGAUAAAACUUUCGAUUGCUCGUUUCAAUUGCAUCAACGCCAAAGACUACAUUUUUCUCCUUCUAGCAGCGCACUUCUGCCGUGCUUCUGAAUCGUUCAGAUGGUUGUCAUUGAAGGCUCAAAGGAGUCUUCCUCCUGACUUUUCCUUUGAGCAGGGGAGGCAUGAGAUCCUAUGUUUGCUACCUAACGGAAUGAUCGAUGACUUGAGAGGAAUUAUCAAGGGAAUGUUGAAGAGUCUGAAUACUGCGAUCCAGUCAGUCGAAUGUAGUCUAUCCUACUCUCCGAAAAGCUACGCCAUGUCAGACUUUACUUGUUGCGCAAAGAUCUACAAAUCGAAAGAUAAGAAAUGCAAAAUCUGUGGUAAUACAGAUCUAAGCUACAGGCGGUGUACCAAAGAGACCAGAAUCGCCAAGUAUUUCGCAAUCUUGAGGAAGAACCGCCUCUGGCCUUCUGUAAUCAUACCCGAAUCAUCCUCGUGCCCGGACCUGGUCAGUCGCAUAUCCGACGUUGGCAAGGAUGUAUUAUCCCACACCUGUGCAGCAGGUCUGUCAUGUCCGCUAAAACGGGAACUCGGAAGUUUGGUGAUUGAGGCUCAACGGAUUCUUGAUCAGGGGAAGGGAUUCAAUCUCUAUCCUCUUCAUGGAGACUUGGGUGACUCGAUUGUUGCCGAGGAAUAUUAA